AUGGUUUUCGAGAUUCAAAAGUGCCGGAUACUUUUCUUACACACCGUCUACGUACGCGUGUAUAUUCCUACGCAUGCGUGUCUGUUGAUACGCGCCUGCAUGCAGACGUUCUAUGUCAAGAAGAAGAAGAAGAAGAAGAAACAAGAACAAAGACUUUUUCUUUCUUGUUUUACUUCUUUCUUUCUUCCACUCGUUCUUUCUUCUUCUUUCGUUUUUUCUUCUUCUUCUUUUGUCGUCUUCCUAUCUUAUUUCUGUCUCCUAAUUCUUUCUCUUUCUGCUUGUUUCUUUCUUUCUUUCUUACUUUCUUCUCCUCACUUCUCCUUUCUUUCUUUCUCUUUUUCUUUCUUAUUGUUCUACUUUUGUCUUCUUCCUAUUUUAUUUCUGUCUCCAUCUAAUUCUCUCUUUUCCCUACUUUUUUUCUUUCUUCUACUUGUUCUUUAUUUCUUUCUUUCUUCUUCUUCUUCUUCCGUUUCUUUAUCCACACUUCCUCUUUUUCUUCUCAUAUUCUUUUUCUUCUUCUUCUUCUUCUUCUUCUGUUUUUUCCUAUUUCCUCUUCUUCUCAUACUCCUCUUCUUCUUUUCUUCUUUUCUUCUUUCUUCUUCUUCUUCUUCUUCUUCUUCUUCUUCUUCUUCUUUUUCUUUCUUUUAA